AACGAGAUUUACUCCGACGCCACUUUUACAACCAAUUGCAACAACACAAGAUGUCGUUCACACUCUCUAUCAAGAAUGCAGGUAAAGUUUACGAAAUCGAAGUUGAUCCUCAAGACACUGGUAAGGUGUUUAAGGAAAAGAUCCAACAAUUGACAUUAAUCCCACCAGAAAGACAAAAGAUCUUGGUCAAAGGAGGUAAGUUGCCUGAUGAUGUUCUUGUGUCUUCAUUAGACUUGAAUACAAAGGCUCCUAUCAUGGUGUUGGGUACUCCGGACAAGAACUUACCUAGCAAACCAGUGGAAAAGCAAGUUUUCCUUGAAGAUUUGAACAAGAACCAGUUGGUUAAAGUAUCUAAUGACCCUUCAGGGUUGGUCAAUUUGGGUAAUACAUGUUACUUGAAUUCUACUUUACAAGCAUUGUUUCAAAUUGACGAUGUUGCUAAUAGAUUAAAGGAUUUCAAAGUCAACAACAGUGGACAACCAAAUGAUGGAUUAGUCAUUUCAUUGAAGAACUUGUUUCAACAAAUGAGUGAAAAGCGUGAAUCAGUUACUCCUACUUUGUUUCUUGCCCUUUUCCGUAACUUAUUUCCUCAAUUUGCUGAACAACAACAUGGUAUUUAUAAACAGCAAGAUGCGGAAGAAGCAUAUUCUCAGAUUUUGACUUGCUUGAGACAGACUAUCAAGGUUGAUGAUUUGUUUAGAGUUUCCUUCAAGACCAAGACCAAGUGUUUGGCCUUGCCCGAGGAUGUCAAGGAAGAUCAUGAAGAGUCGUUCAAGUUGGAUUGUCAUAUUGACAUCAAGACUAAUUUCUUGAGAGAUGGGAUAUUAGCCGGAUUAAAGGAAACCAUUGAAAAGUAUAACGAUUCCUUGGGAUCAAACACCGAUUAUGAAAUCACAAAGACUAUUGAUAGAUUACCAAAGUACUUGACUGUUCACUUUAUGAGAUUUUUCUGGAGAAGAGACAUCAACAAGAAAUCCAAGAUUUUAAGAAGGGUUCAAUUCCCAUUUGAAUUGGAUUUAGCUGAGAUGUUGGAUGAUUCAAUAAAACCGGAAAAAGUGUCCAUUAGAGAUAAAAUUAGAAAAGUUGAAAAGGAUAAUUUGGAUUUAGUUCGUGAUUUCAAAAAGGCCAAGAAGGACACCACAUUAAACCCCUUGGAGCAACAAGAAGAAGAUGAAUUGAAGAUUGCAUCCAUCAAGAGUAAGUUCAGAGACGAUUUAGUGUCUAAUUUACCUGAGUCUAUAGAUCUUGACAAGACCACUGAAAAUCCAUCUUCAGUAUAUGUGUUGAAUGCUGUGGUUACCCAUACUGGUGCCUCGGCCGAUGGCGGUCAUUACAAAGCAUAUGUCAAGGAUUCUACUGACAUCGAUGGUGAUAGAUGGUGGUUAUUCAAUGAUGAUAAAGUUAGCUCCGUGUCUAGAGAAAAGAUAGAAACUUUAGCUGGUGGGGGUGAAAGUGAUUCGGCAUUACUCUUGAUCUACAAAGGAUUAGGGUUGUAAACGGUUUAUCUAUUAUGUAUUAGUUUAAAUACCACUUAUAAUUCCUUAACUAGUUUUCUAAAUACUUCCACUUCUUCCCAACAAUUCAAGCUUUUUCCUUGGUUUUCCUUUAAACACGAGAUAACUGCCUCUCUGGAGGCGGCGAUUGUAGAUGGAACCUCAAUUUUAGCUAAUUUGGCGUUUUCUUGUAAUACUUGGGUUAAUUUGGCGAUUUUCUCAUUCAAUGCAGCCACAGAUGGCAAAGCUGUGGUCUUAUCGUCAUCAGUUAACAAUGCGCUGUUUGUAGUAUUUUGGAAUUGAGCAAUGGUUUGGCUUUCUAACUUGGAUAACUCGGCUGCUACUCUUUCUUGAAUGUAUUUUUCGGUAUGUUGAGCACGGGAGUAUUCGGACUCCGGAGUAUUUUCCAAUUGUGACAAAAAUGAAGCACUGAAGUCGAUUGGUGUUGCUGGAGUAAACACUUUAGUUUCUGGUUUGGAAGCACUUGAUCCCAUUAUAAAUAGUUAAUUAUUAUAUAUUAUUCGGUGACAACGUGUGAAAUGCUACUUCUUCACAGUUCCUAUCGAGUUAGACCCUGGUU